CAGCGGGGAGGGGAGGGCGUGAGGGGCAGCAAAACGUGUCUCUCUCUGCCUCUCACCCAGAGCGCCUCGCAGGGGCUUAGCGGACGCGAGGGGUGCGAAUGGGCAGAGCAGAAUCUCCAGAAGGGAAAAUGAGCAUCCAGGAUCCUUCAGAUCUGUGGAGCAGGUCGGACGGAGAAGCUGAGCUGCUCCAGGACUUGGGGUGGUACCAUGGUAACCUCACCCGACAUGCAGCCGAGGCUCUUCUCCUCUCCAAUGGAUGCGACGGGAGCUACCUUCUGCGGAACAGCAAUGAAAGGACAGGGCUGUACUCUCUCUCUGUGAGAGCCAAAGACUCCGUCAAACACUUUCACGUUGAAUAUACUGGUUAUUCAUUUAAAUUUGGCUUUAAUGAAUUCUCAUCUUUGAAAGAUUUUGUCAAGCAUUUUGCAAAUCAGCCUUUGAUUGGAAGUGAGACAGGCACUCUGAUUGUUCUGAAACAUCCCUAUCCAAGAAAAGUGGAAGAACCAUCCAUUUAUGAAUCCGUCCGGGUUCACACAGCAAUGCAGACGGGAAGAACGGAAAACGACCUCGUGCCCACUGCCCCUUCUCUGGGCACCAAAGAAGGUUACCUCACCAAACAGGGGGGGCUCGUCAAGACCUGGAAAACGAGGUGGUUCACUUUGCACAGAAAUGAACUGAAAUACUUCAAAGACCAGAUGUCACCAGAACCAAUUCGGAGCCUAGAUUUAACAGAAUGUUCGGCUGUACAAUUUGAUUAUUCACAGGAAAGAGUGAACUGUUUUUGCUUAGUAUUUCCAUUCAGGACAUUUUAUCUCUGUGCAAAGACAGGAGUAGAAGCUGACGAGUGGAUCAAGAUAUUACGCUGGAAGUUGUCUCAAAUAAGAAAACAGCUUGAUCAAGGGGAAGGCACAAUCCGAUCUCGCUCAUUCAUCUUUAAAUAGACAGACCUUCCUCGAUGAGGGAUGCCCUGACCCAGGAGCAGGGUGGAAUGUUCCUGAUGUUGUGAUCCACAGCAGGUUUCAGAUGAAAGCUAAGGAUUUUUCUGUAGAAACAAAUCAAAAGCAGAUGCAGAUUUGGACCUCUCAGAAGACACCACAUUUGCUGACUCACAGAAUACUGCUGCCCUUCAAGAUCCUACCAUGUCCCUGAGAAUACCGAAGGCUCCUCGUUCUGAUGGAGACGGAUGAACCACUGCGACCAGGUGUGCUCGAUCUUAGAACACGCGAUGGGAGAUGGUUUUUGUUUUCCCUCAUUGUUGUCCCCAAGCUGGUUGACAUUAGUUACCCAAAGUCCCACUCUGCACCAGGGUCAACUCAUCUGACUUCCAAGUUGUGCUAUUAUCCAGGAAGGAAACAGCUAUAUAUGUAGCCCGAGGUUUAGACUGCUUUUCAGAAAGUGUAUUGGGAUAGCAAAUGUCCAAGACUGGGGCAGAGGAGCAGUGUUGUUUUUACUUUUUUUCCCCUUUAUACAAAAAACAAAACAAUUUCCAAAACUAAAAUGGAAAAUGUUUGUAGUAUUUAUUUUCUCUUUGUAAAAGGCUCAGAUAUCUACCGGGUCCUUUCUUCCCCUCUAAUGAUAAACCUGUGAGAACUAAAUCUCCUAUGGGCUAUUGGGUAAGAUGAUAAGGAUAAUGGAAGGUACAAUCUUAAAAAAGCAUCUCUUUUAGUCAUUUUGGGGGAAAUGCUUUAAAGAGUGAGAAAACAUAAAUUGAGGAAGAGUGAUAAAGUAGUAACUUGUAGUUUAAUAAUAAUUAUCACGAUAAUUAUUAUAACAGUAAUAGAGCACUUGUAAGCACUAAGUUAUCUUCAUCCAACACUUCUCAAACAGACUGAAAGAAACUUUCCAAGUAGAGUGUGUUAUAACAAUCCCUUCCCCAGAGUGAGAGGGAGGUAUUUGCCCAAGAGAAGAAAGAUGUACCUUGCACUGCAUGGAGCACCCUACACCUUAUUCAAGAGGAACUUCUUUUGUCUAUUGAGGGAGUAACACUAAAUCCACAUGCAAAGGGUAAUGCUGUGUUUGUUACACAGCAUUUUCAAGCCAGAACAAGGGGAUUGAAAUAGGGGGAUGAGAUACUGGCAUCCAGAGCUCCUAAAUAGAUUUUAACCCCUUCUAUUAUCUUUAUUAAUACUGCUUUUUUAGACUGAAGUUUGAAGGGAGACAAAAGUGGAGGAAGAGCCCAAACAAAAAGGUUGUGGAGCAAAGCUAUGAUAUGAUGCUGCUCUUGCAGUCCAAAGGGCUACUUUGUUGAAUACGUUUCUUCUGUUAUUUAAACAUCUAGGACUCAGAAAUUACAUUAAAUUUUUGUAUGUUUCAACAAGG